UCUAGAAAUUCUAACUCAGGUUGAGAAUCAACUGCUCAGUUUUGAUGGCUUUUCAUACACUCUUGGAUAAAGCUGGAGGCCUGGGGAAAUUCCAAAUUCUUCAGAUGAUUUUCCUCUGCAUCUCCAUCUUCAUCUCGAGCCCUUCUGUUCUGUUGGAGAACUUCACUGCAGCUGUGCCUGAUCACCGCUGCUGGGCCCACCUCCUUGACAAUGACACCAUCUCUGCUAAUGACACUGGGACCCUCAGCCAAGAGGACCUCCUGAGAGUCUCCAUCCCCCUGGAAUCAAGCCUGAGGCCAGAGAAGUGCUGGCGCUUUGUCCACCCCCAGUGGCAGCUCCUUCAUCAGAAUGGCAUCUUCCCCAAUGUGACAGAGCUGGACAUGGAGCCCUGUGUGGAUGGCUGGGUGUAUGACCACAGCACCUUCUCUUCCACCAUCGUGACUCAGUGGGAUCUGGUAUGCGAAUCACAGACACUGGUCCAAGUGACUAAAUUCUCAUUCAUGGCUGGAAUGGUGGUGGGAAGCAUCAUAUGUGGGCAUUUGUCAGACAGGUUUGGGAGGAGGAUGGUCUUCAGAUGGUGUACCUUCUUGCUGGCCAUUACUAGCAGUUGUGUGACGUUUGUUCCCAGCUUCCCCAUGUACUGCUCACUCCGUUUCUUAUCUGGGAUUUCAUACAUACCUAUUGCGGCAAAUAGUAUUUUGCUCAUUGUAGAGUGGACAGUGCCCCAGUUCCAGGCAUUGGGAGUAACAAUGACAUCCUUUGCCAUGUGUAUUGGACAGGCAGCCUUGGGAGGUCUGGCGUUUGGCUUUAGAGACUGGCAUAUACUCCAGCUAGUGGUGUCUGUUCCAUUAUUUGUCUUAUUUCUGGGCACUAGGUGGGUGGCAGAGUCUGCUCAGUGGCUGAUUAUCUCCAACAGACCCGAGGAGGCCUUAAAGGAACUGAGAAAAGCUGCACAUCGUAAUGGCAAAAAGGAUGUUGAAAACACUCUAACUAUGGAGGGUUUGAGGUUCACCAUGCACGAUGAACUGAAGGCAGCUCAGAGGAGGACUGUUGUGUUAGACUUGUUUCGCACACCCAAACUUCGCAAAAGGGUCUGUCUCCUGGCCUUUCUCAGAUUUCCAAUUGUUGCUUCCAAUUUUGGUCUGAAUUUCAACCUGCAAUACCUCGGAAGCAAUGUCUUCCUGAUCCAGGCUCUCUUUGGUAUAAUUGCUUUCCCAGGCAAUUUUGUUGCAUUAUUGAUACUCAAUCACCUGGGCCGUAGAAUAAGUCAUAUGCUUUUCUCAUUUCUUUUUGGGAUCUCCAUACUGGCCACCAUAUUUGUGCCUCAAGAAAUACAGACUGUGCGGUCAGCUUUGGCAACCUUGGGAGUAGGAUGUGGCUCUGCUUUUUUCACCUCCGUUACUACCCAUUCAUCUGAACUCAUUCCUACGUCAAUCAGGGGAACAGCCAUGGGAAUCUUUGGAGUUUUUGCUAGUAUUGGUGGUGCCCUGGCUCCUCUCUUGAUGAUGCUGGAGGUGUAUUCUCCCACUCUACCUUGGUUCAUCUAUGGAUUUAUUCCCAUCCUUGGUGGCCUUGCUGUCUUAUUUCUUCCUGAAACCAGGAAUCAGCCUCUCCCUAACACCAUUCAGGAUGUGGAGAAUGAGACAAAAAGCUCAAACAAAUCAAAAGACGAGAAUACUUGUAGUGAAGUGACACAGUUUUAAGCAGUUCCAGGAACAGCCUGCUGAUCAAAGAGUGAAAUAAAGAGAGAAAUCAAGUUAUUUCAAGAUACGGGAAAAUCAUUAAACGAUUUCAUAAUGUUUUAAAUCAACAUUAAAUCACUGAUAAUAGGUAAAAUAUAGUCAACACAUACCUGUGAUCUUGGGACAACCACUGCAUUCCAAUGGAGGAAAUUGGGACACAGGACUCCUGUGGUGGGAAUGACUGUUUUUAGUAAUUUUGUAAAUCACUAAUAAAAAAAACCCAAUAAAGCUGAAAGUGGAAAAAAA